AAAUCCUUGCCUUCCAAGAGCCCCAUGUUUCGAACUCACGACCUCUGCUCUGUCAGAUUUGACAUUGUUCGUCCUUUGCCAGUGGAGAAGUGCCAUGGGGACAAAAUGCACAGGUCUUUAUUGUUUCCAUUAAUAUUGGUUUUACUGAUAAUAAUAGAGCUGAGUGCAAGCGUGAAUGCAUUGUAUGGACCAUCAUCCCCAGUUGUUCAGUUAAAUCCCUCCAACUUCAAGUCCAAGGUCCUGAAUUCGAAUGGUGUUGUUUUAGUUGAGUUCUUUGCACCAUGGUGUGGUCAUUGUAAAGCAUUGACGCCUACAUGGGAGAAGGCAGCCAAUGUCUUGAAAGGUGUCGCUACUGUGGCAGCUCUUGAUGCUGAUGCUCACCAGUCACUCGCUCAGGAAUACGGAAUUAAAGGUUUUCCUACCAUUAAGGUCUUUGCACCUGGGAAGCCUCCAGUAGACUACCAAGGAGCUAGGGAAGUCAAGCCUAUAGCUGAGUUUGCACAGCAACAGAUUAAAGCACUUUUGAAGGACCGUUUGAGCGGGAAGGCAACAGGUGGAUCAAGUGGGAAGUCAGAAACUAGUGCUUCAAUAGAAUUGAACUCGAGUAAUUUUGAUGAAUCAGUAAUUAAAAGCAAAGAUCUUUGGAUUGUAGAGUUCUUUGCACCUUGGUGUGGACACUGCAAGAAACUUGCUCCCGAGUGGAAGAAGGCAGCUAAUAAUCUCAAGGGCAAGGUGAAGUUUGGUCAAGUAGACUGCGAUGCAGAAAAAUCUCUAAUGAGCAGGUUUAAUGUGCAAGGAUUUCCAACGAUCUUGGUUUUUGGUGCCGACAAAGACCAUCCAUUCCCCUACGAAGGCGCAAGAUCAGCCUCCAGUAUUGAGUCGUUUGCCUUGGAGCAGCUUGAAACAAAUGUUACCCCACCUGAAGUGACUGAGUUGACUAGCCCUGAUAUUUUGGAUGAGAAGUGCGGUUCAGCAGUCAUCUGUUUUGUUGCCUUCCUCCCUGACAUUUUGGACUCCAAGGCAGAGGGCAGGAAUAAGUACCUCGAACUUCUGUUAUCAGUUGCAGAGAAAUUCAAGAGGAGCCCUUACAGUUAUGUUUGGGUGGCUGCGGAUAAUCAGCCAGAUCUUGAGAAGCAUCUUGGAGUUGGUGGCUACGGUUAUCCUGCUUUGGUAGCACUAAAUCUGAAGAAAAAGUUAUAUGCUCCACUUAAGAGUGCAUUUGAGCGCGAUCAGAUUAUAGAAUUUGUGAAAGAAGCUGGACUCGGUGGAAAAGGUAAUCUGCCUAUGGCGGGCACCCCUGUUAUUACAAAGACUGAACCCUGGGAUGGUAAAGACGGACAAAUCAUUGAAGAAGAUGAGUUCUCGCUUGAAGAACUUAUGGGGGAUGACACUGGCAGCAAGAAUGAACUAUAGUUCAUGGGCUAAAAAGGGGCCAAUUUUGCACGUAACAUGUUCCAAUGUACAAGUGAAACCAGAAACUCGAAAAACUAAUCUCUUUCAUGGUCAUAAUGAUUUUGUGCCAAAGGAAGCAUAAUCCUAAGACUUUUGAAAACAUUUGGAAAUUUGCCCACCUAUCUACUGUAUGAGUAAAUCUUUGGUGGGGGCAGUUAGUACACAGUAGAACGUAAGGAUUAGAGAAGUAUUGGCCUAUUAAAUGUAUGUCCUAGUUUUCUCUCUUGCUAAAGCUCCAUUUAACUGCUCAGACUGACUUUCGAAUGUAAUUGAAGGAGCUCUUGACUAUUCUCAA